UCUCCUCUGCCGGGUUCGCGUCGAGUUAAAAGCACCGAUUGUUUCUUUCUAUCUGUCCUCGGCCCUUUCCGCGGCUCUCUUCGCUUUUCCGCCGUUUUUACCCGGCUCUCGGCCCGUCGCGCCUGUUCGUUUCGAUAAAUCUAAUUCCGCUUCAAGAACGGGGGAGACUGCUCGACAGGCCGCGUCGCGAGCCUAAUUUACGGUCCUGGAGGGACGAGUGGCGAUAAAUUUCGCCGGUGACGAGCGAAUCGUCGUCGCGCGUCCAGACGAACGAUGAAUAAUCGCGGCCGGUCUGUGACUGAUAAACAGAACGGUUAUAAAAGUAAUUUACGAGGGAGUAAACAAUAAAGCCGUCGAGACCGUGGAUACGCUCCUGGAGACAGAGAGGAGGGUCGCCGCCGCGAUCGCGCCGGUGCCGGGGUGCCGCCGGUGCGUGUGCGGUGCUGAUCUGGGUCGGUGUUCUUCGAUCUUCGAGUCCAACGAUGAAAGCGAAACCGUGUUUGGCCGGCUGGAGGCACAAGGCUACGGGGACCGUUUAUUGGAACGCGUGCACGCAAACUGGACCGCAGCAUGGCACGACGACGGUGGAACGGGUCGCUCAGACCGAAUACCUCGUCGACAAAUCCACGGUCACGCAACAGGACGUCGGUGUGCAAUCAUGCUCGUUCCCCGAUGCCAGGGACAAGCUCUUGGAGGCCUUUACCUUUGAUCACGGUUCCAGAACGGCUGCCGAGGUUGCGUCCCCACCUAAGGACUCCGCAAGGAACCGGAGGAUCCUGGACAGCGUCGUAAAGAUACAGAGGUUUUACAGGGCUCGCCGUGGCAGAAUCGCCGUGGCCGCGAGUCCCAUGGCUCGGUCGGACUCCGAGGACACGGACGGCCAGCAAAUAGCAGCGGAGGAGCCUCGGUCUUAUCGCAGCCGGGAUUUCGUGAUACUAAACCGCAGCUCGCCGAGAACGAGGACGGACUUCGAGUUGCUGUACAAUCUCCUUGACCGUUGGCGCGUCCGCGAGACCGAGAAGGCCGACCCGCUUCCCCGUCUCGCCUCGUCCAGGAUCGGUCUGUGCAGUCUAAUCCUGUCGAAGGAGGUUGAGCUGCUGCGAGCCAUCGACACGCUGAAAACGGCCGAGAAGCUGCGCAGAAGGCAGAUCUCCUACCGGAAAUUCCUCGAUCGGCUCUCCCUAUCGAUCGUUUGGAAAAAUCGUCUCGGCGAGCCGAUCCUCGUCGACACGCCCCGCGUGCUGCUCGCCAGAAUUCUGAAGGGCAAGUUCGACGGGCUGUCCAGGGAAGACGUAUCGCCGGAGGACCGACGGGAGACGUUGCAGCAGCUCCGCGAGGACGUCGCGCCGCACACGUGCCGUGCAUCGAACGAAGUGAUACGGCUGCUGGACCAGGAGAUCGAUUUUCUGGACGGCGACGUCGACGUCGGCAAAUUAAGCUGGCUGAGGAGCAGACUGAGAAUCAGCUUCUUGGCCUUUGCCAGGGACGCCCUGGCCAGGGAAUUCGAGGACUUUCCGUGCCCCGGAUCCAGCAACAGACUCUGCAGGAGCUGCGGGAGGCUGCUGUCUCCGGAGAAGUUCGCGACAGAGAAGAGACGUCGAUCCUCCUCGUGCAAUCAUUGCCUCUACGUCAGAGCCCGGACCGGACCUAGGAUCGUCUACGGACCCUACGAGAGUCUGCUGAGGGACGUCAGGAGGAACGAGGCUAAGCUGCGGUGCUACAGCAGCUUCGCUUUCGUCGUGGACGCCAAGAUCGUUUACCAUUUGGUGAACGACAUUUGGCACGGCAGAUCGGCCAUCUCCGAGAACGAUCGCUUGUCGGAGCUGAGGCUCGUCAGGUUUCAGAGAGACCUGGAAUGGUCUCCUUGGAACUGUCUUUUGUUGACGAGCCGCGAGGCAGCGGUGCACAGGCGGCUCGAGGAACCCGCGAACUUUUACGGGCCGAUGAUACUGCAGAAGUUUCACACGAGGAAUCUGCAGGCGAAAGUUCAGUUCGGGAUCGAGACCGGCCGCGGAAAGAACCCGCGGGCUUGAAAAAGCCGGCCGUGAUUAAGGGCUUUACUCCUCGCCGAGUACCAUUUAUUGCGGGGAUUUCUUUGCUCUUUGUGGAAGUUCCCGGGCUUGUUUCGACCCGCGGUGUUAUUGUCGGACAGAGGCCCCGACGCUGAAAGGUGCAACUGGGACAACGGUUGCUCCUUAAUGUAUAUUAAUGCGACUAAGUAUCGCGCAGCCACCGCUACAACGCUAACAAUAAGUGUCACCCGGUCUGCGAGCAGCGAUACCAGCUUCUGUUAUUGUGUUACGGCGUCUUUGUUGUACCGGGGUUGUACGGGACCGAUGUAUAUGCGUUAUAGCGUUAGAGGGCUGGCCGAACACCUGAUUCAAAGGAGGCUGAAGCGGUCGGGCAUCGAAUCGGGGGAGAAAUCGUUGACGACUCGAUAGUUGAAAGCUGUGUUUGACCUGACUUAGCCGUGGCUGGACCAGUUGCGAGAUCGACGGUCGAAGGUUUAACCCUUAAAUGCAUAUUGUUGCCAAUUGUCUACAUUCCAGUUCCACUUAAUUUUAUUC